AUGGUCGUUGUAGCCCAGCCAGCACCGCCCAAGCAAAAAACAAAAGCCAAACAACGCUACUUGAAGCGCAAGAAAGAGCGCAAGAAAAACAAACCCAAGUCCGCCGCGAGACCAACCCACAAGGAUGCUGAGCAGUCCGAGUCUGACAGCGGAGAAGAUGACGAUGAAGAAGAGCCGCCCCUGCCAAAUGUUCAAGUAGUUGAGAAGCCUCCCAAGAAACGACAAAAAAUCGAAGUUCAACAGGAGAUGGAGGAUGUGGAAAUGGAUGAAGAACCGGUUAACACUCAGCAGCAAACGAAUGUCAUCCCACAAGAUUUACCACCUCUGCCUUCCUUCCCGCUCCCAGAACAUCCAGAUGCGCCGUCGAAAUCAGACCUCGCACUGCAAGGCCUCGAUCAGGCUCUAAUUGACGCGGAAUUGGUGAACGCGUCGCGUUUACUGCCUAUACCGCCGAACGGGGAAGAAGACGGGGGCACUGGAAUCGGCGAAAAGAUGAGGAGACGGCUAGUGGAUCUGGGUAUUGUUGAACUAUUCGCAGUCCAGACGAGUCUGUUACCUUUCUUGCUCUCUAAAGGCCUCAGGGACCAUGAUUUAUACCGCCCUUAUAACCCUCCUCGCGAUGUUUGUGUCUCCGCCCCAACAGGAAGUGGGAAGACGUUGGCCUAUGUUGUACCCAUCGUAGAGGUCCUCUCAGUUAGAAUCGUGACGCGAUUACGAGCACUUGUGGUUCUACCAACUAGGGACUUAGUGACGCAAGUGCGCGAGACAUUCGAGGCGGUUGGCAAGGGACGCGGACUCAAGAUUGGGACUGCUACUGGUCAGCAUUCGUUCUCACAUGAGCAGGCUCAGCUGGUUGGGGGCAAUCUAGCUUCUCUUGCUGGGGGCUUAAGUCGCGUGGAUAUACUCAUUUGCACCCCUGGUCGCUUAAUUGACCACUUGAACGAGACCCCCAAUUUUUCGCUUCAACAUCUUAGGUUUCUCGUGAUUGACGAAGCAGAUCGUCUUCUGGCACAGUCCUUCCAAGACUGGUUGGCACAGGUUCUCGCUGCGACCCGUCCACCAUCUGAUCUAGUUCUCAAACACAAAGAAAUUCCCAGGCGGCAUGAUGCUGUGGCUCCUGCGUUUCGCUCGUUAUUGCCCUACCCAGUGCUACCUAGCAUCAUGGAUCGGAGGGAAUCUUCAUGUCAAAAGCUCCUGUUUUCAGCAACACUAACGCGGGACCCUGGGAAACUUGCAGCACUUGAUCUUCGCGAUCCCAAAUACUUUAUCGUGCAGGAGAGCAAAGACACCGAUGGCAUAUUAGAUGUUGCGAUGGAUAAAUUCUCCAUGCCUGCAACGCUCACCGAGCGGAUGCUGGUGUGCGAGUCGUCGUUGAAGCCGCUAUUUUUCUUUUACAUAAUUCUGGAGCAUGGGAUUACUAAUGCGUUGGUGUUCACAAAGUCGGCUGAGUCGACAGCUCGUCUCGUCCGACUCUUCGAAUUCUUCGAGAGUGCGAGGAAGUCUUCGACGACAACCAUGAAGGCAUAUUCAAGCGAUCUCACUGCCAACGAACGUAAAACAAUAUUAGACAAGUUCAAGGCCCAAGAAAUCAAAAUUUUGGUUUGUUCAGACUUGAUUUCGCGCGGUAUAGAUAUCAGCCAUGUGUCACAUGUAGUGAGCUACGAUGCACCCAUCGACAUGCGUAAAUAUGUCCACCGGGUCGGUCGCACAGCUCGAGCCGGGCGAUCAGGCGAUGCAUGGACAUUAGUUGAGGAGCAGGAGGCUCGUUACUUCAAAACAAUGAUGAAGGAAGCAGACCACUUUGCUAAGCUGAAGCGACUUCGUGCUGGGGAGAAGGAAUUAGGCCCAAUCCGAGGAUUCUACGAGUCUGCUUUAGGCCAGCUGAAGGAGUCGUAUGGCAAGACGUAG